CUGAUUAGCUGGCAACGCGCAAUGCAAGGUCUGUUGUUGGAUGGGUAAACACAAAACAGCUAGCUACAUGUAUAUAAAUGUGUGGCAGCCGGACAGAAAUGGAUUAGGUGUUAUGACAUAAAAUUAUGACUAAAGUACACUUGGUGUUAAGCAAAAAUGAGUGUGCGACACGAAUUUAAAUAUCAGCCUGAUGACGAAAUUAGGUACGACCGUAUGCACAGCUAUCACAAAAAAAUAUGCCUGCAUUGUACCAAACGAAGAUACAAACUGAUUAUUGGUGUUCUGAUUGUUUUUGUAAUUGUUGAAUUUGUCACCAUUUUCAUUGUAUUAGCACGGACUGAUAACUGUCAACGUCCGAAGAAUGAAACGGAUGCAGGGACGCCACCGACGGUACUGCCCAUGCAUCAUGUCACCGAGAAUAACAAUGUUACUGACCCCGAACCUAUAAACUCUCUGUGUUUCCCCUGUGCUGAAGUUGGAAGGAACAUCACAAAUAAUGAUACCGGAAACAUUAUCAAACUGGACAAAAAGACAAAUAUGUGCUGCAUGGAAGACGUAGGGAAUUUGAAAAAAUUGUUCCUGUUGAUCAUCAACGAGUACUAUAGGAACGUAGUGCACAAUUCAGCUACGGACUAUCAAGGUCCAGAGGCAAACAACUCGACCAACACAGAGGACCCAAGCGAAGCUGUUGGAGCGGUUGCUGGCUAUGUAGGAGGAUCGGGCCGUGAACCUUCAACAUCGGCUAUACCAGCAUUUUGGACGAAGAGGAAGGUCGCUGCUCAUAUGUUUCUUGACAACAAGCUGCUGAGAAGUUCAAAUGCAAUUGCGCCUAGGAUCCCAUGGGAUGGACAUGACUACCACAACCUGUCGAUGACCAGCCACCUACUGGUGUACGACCCUGACAAACGGAGUAUUCAGGUCAAACAGUACGGCCUGUAUUUCGUCUACUCCUCCAUCACAUUCCAGACACCACCAACUGAUCUGAAUGCACAGGUAUACCAUAUGCUAUUACGGGAACACUACCUGCUGCCAAACACAGGGGCGAUCAUGAUGAUGAUGAAUAAAUAUGGCGGAGGAAAGCAGUCAAGUGGCUUCUACACAAGCUUCCUCUGCGGCGUAUUUAAGUUACGUGCGGAUGAUGAAAUCUUCGUGAAAGUCUCAAAUGUCUCCUUCCUGUACGACUUCCAUUAUUCUAACUAUCUUGGUCUAUAUAGGUUGUCUCUUGCAUAAGUUUUAACACAAUUCGAAAUAGACAUUGGGCGGUGAACAGGGACCUGAGAGUCAACUACAUCGAUUACAUCUGAACCAAUCAUGAUGUGUACUGAAAAUCAUUAAAAGUUUAAGGGGUUUCGAUCAACAUAGGAUGAAAUGCUAUCCUAAAUUAUGAUAAAAAUGUAAGUGAAAAUGUUAGGAAUCUCAUGAAAUUUUACAAUAGUAUCCUGCCAACUGUCCUGCUGCAAAUGUUACAUUUCUGAUUGCUGUAGAAAAGAUGCUUGGCAUCGAUGGGAAGAUGGACACAUUUUCUUUCAAUAACCUUCUAAUACAGGUAAAUGUGUUUUUUGAACACAGGAAUUAGCAUCGUUUCCUUUUAAAUCACACGUCAAUCCCUUGUUUAAGGCAUCGUGUAGAAGUUGUAAUUGAUUCUCAUCCGCCCUCUGUGGACACCAUCUAAAUAUAACACUCUCUAAAGAUGUGAAACCACAGUAAAACAGACUGUAUCAAGUACUUCUCCUAAACCAAAAAAACCGCGAAUGAAUACCGUUAAUGUAACGUGCACUUUUCAUCAGAUGGUUACGAUUUAGACGAGGGUAGGUAUUGGCUCGCCGUAUAGGUCAAGCACAUCUUUCCGAACGAGUUUGAUACGGAAACUGGUAUUUACUGUGUCUUUGACACAAUGUCGGUCAGAGAUUUUAGCAUAUGAUAGCAAAGUAUAUAUAGUGAAACGGUAGCUAUGAUCUCUAUGACAUACUGUACUACUGUGUGCUAUCUGGCAUGAGCUUCAAAUUACUCACUCUCUCACUCCGAGAUCGUGGGAAAAGGAAGUAAUAUCUGAAAGGGUAAAGUAUCUUUCCGAUGACACGGCGGUUUCCCAUUUUUCUUAUGAGAUAAGCAACGUUUCUUCACUUUACCGCGUUAUUUUACGAGUUAUUCAGAGUAGUUAUUUGCACCACGACGUUAAAAGACAAUGCACACGACGUUAACAAAAUAUAAGUAUUACUUGUACAAACACGUCUUUCUUGACGAGAGCCGGAUAUUGCCUUUGAUGAGUUGCUGGAAGAAGCGUUGGUGCUGACGUAGUUAUCAGUAGCGAUAUACCUAAUGACACGUGCAUCGCGACAACAGGUUGGAUUAGUGUAUACCCUGCAGUACCUGGUGCAGAUCUCUUCGAAUUCGGUGUUGAGAAUUUAUUCAUAAAUAGUUUGACCGUACGACUCCUCUUUGGAGACUCAGGAUCUUCGGCAACUGUAUUAACUAAGGUUUGAUCCGACGGAAUAGCGUUUGUAGUGAACGUCCAAUGAGAGGACGUGUCUAAUAUUGGUAGCGUAAAUCGUGGAUCUGUAGGCUAGAGGAAACUCACUUUUUCUAUUUUGAAGCACCCUCUGUCUUAACGCGAGGAUGUAUCGCCCUACUUAAUUGCUUGUUCACGACUUUUCGCCGACUUUUUGUAUGCUGAUAUCCUGACGCGCACGUCAUGUGAUUAUACAUUAACUUGCAUAAAUAUUUUGAACUCAGCCGCUAAGAAAAUUAUUUCAUCAUCGACCAGAUUGGAGUAAUGACAUAAAUCGUCUUUGAAAAAAAGCAUGAUGAUGUUGACCGAACUGAAUAUCUGCGUCACUUACUUACAAAUGCCACUGAUGGCAUUCCCAUGGAGGAGAUGUAACGUAAGAAAUUGUGUUUGGGCAGUUUGGUAUAAAUCUAACAACAAAGCACAAAGUAUUGAUUUUCGGAACAUAAUACGGACUACUUCAUGAUGUGAGCCUGAUAUCACUUUAUGAUAACCUUUGUCAAAACGAUGAUACAAAGAUGCGUGACACAGAUGGUCUUUUUACGUAAUGCACAAUUGUUGUCAAGCAUUGGUCUAAUUUAAAUAUCAGGUUAUUUAGAUGUGUUAUAACUUGCUGAAACAGCAAUGGUUGUCGUUUGAAGCGAUUUUCGUUUUGUUAUGCUUCUAUUGAACAAUAUAAGUUGCUCGUUCAAUAGCCUCGUUAUUCCAAAUGUAUACGGACUGGACCAUAUCGAUAGAACACAGCAAUGGACAUAUUUCUGUAGACAAUAUAUGUGUAUGUUCUUUAUGAUGGCGUAUGCUAAUAAUCAUUUGCAAGCCGGGCAGUUGUUUAUACUGCUUUUGAAGCAGGUUUAAGCGCUUAUGACUAUGGUAUUACAUGUACUAUAAGACACUGUUGAAAUUUGUUUAAGUUUCAUAGCACAACCAGUGAAGUACUUAGGUGUGACGUUUCAAUUACUAGAACGAGAUAUACUACAUAAUGUCAAAUACACCAGGCAAAUGAAAAACACUGGUGUAAAUACGAUUUUCUUAUCAUUCGGCAAGUACUUUUCAAAGUGGUGAUACGUUACCACGCUUCUGACGAUUAAACCUUUCGUUUUCUAUCAAAACAUCCCACAUUACAUUGUCUAACGUAUCGCAUCUCUUCUACCUAUUAUUGCAUUGCUUGCGAGCUCAAGUGUGAAAACGACAACACGUAUUAACACGGCAUUCUGCUUAAAAUGAAAGUGCCAAUGGUGUUCGUACACAAACGUUAAAGUCUGUUUUAUGUACCUAUAACAUUAUAACACGUACGUACGAUAAACGUUUUUCUUAAGGAACUCUGUGCCAUUGCCGCAAAUAACAGCUAAUGUUUCGCAUUGGACACUUUAUUUCCGACAGUGUUAUAGAUUUGACACAUUAAUUCUGAAAAGACCGCUUUGUGGAGCAGUUUAGAAAAUAUAAUUAAGAUGAAGGAAAUAAGAUUAAUCCAUUGAAGUGUUCUGCGUGUAAGAAUUAGCAGGGCUAGACCUGGAAUUCAAACCACGGACCUCAAAUUGAUGUACUGUCUUUCUAGCUGACUUAGCUUUCGGGUUAACCUAAGUGCCAAAGCCCAGCAGUGCUACAGUUAUGGUCAAAAUGUAGUACAUGUUAGGUCCCUUUGUAUACGAAAAACCAGAAUACAGGGUGACAGGGAGCUCUAAUUCGUCAGUCUUUCUAUUCUAAAAUUGGUUGUGUAUGUGGUCCAGAAACCUUUGAAACAGGUGAAUUUAAGCCUGAUGAAUAUUGACGGUAUAUGGCAUUUAACAUAUUGUAUAUUUAGAAACAGAAGCACAAAAUAGACAAUAGAUAUAUAUAAACAAAGCAAUAGAAAAAAACAAAAACAUAAAAACAUUAUUUUGUUUAUUAUAUAUUUAUUUAUCAAUCAAUCAAUCAAAGUAGAAAAACCCAAGAAAUGUCAAUAUCGUGAAGUAAGUCUAAAAAUAGUAUUUUUUAUCAAAAACAAAAUGCUUAUUAACAGCAAUGCCUUUUUGCCAUGAAUCUGAAAUUUACUUAAAUUAAUAUUGAACCAAAUUAAAUGUGACUUUAAAGCAAAUUUGCAAAAGCUAUUAAACUAUUUUGAAAUGUUAUACAUUUGUAUGCUCAACAUGUAGCCUAUACUAGUCCUUGAAGUAGAUGAAGAGAUGCAGAUAAAGAUCUCAUAGCCUUAGAGUUAAACUUCAUAGUUUACUUCUACACGCCAAAUGAUCAUUCGUACUCAAGGACAAUAGAAUGUUAUAGAGAGUUGACAUUAAUUAGUUCUUGCUCUGGACAAACUUAUAUAUUGAUGUCCAAAUGACCGUUGAAUUUAAUCUAUUAUUACGAAUCUUUACGACGUGAUUUUAUUGCAGUCUUUCAUUUUAAAGAUAAAUGAUUCCCAACUCACACAAUACAAGAGGUCCAAAAGGCAUAUAUCGAUUUGGUUGUUCAUCUGAUCUCUUGCUAUAAUAAACUAAGUAUAAGUGGUCAUUGUCAUGAACCAGCUUUGAUAGGUCAUUGGUUAUCUUUAUUUAUUUAUCAUGUUUUCUGUAUUUAUUUUUUAAUUCCUUUUCGACGCCAUUAAGCUUACUACAUUGAUAUAUGUAACAACCUCUUGUGACCAAAGUAAAGUGUAAAUGGACUUCGGCAAAAUAUGUACUUACAUUUAUCAUAGUCGUUUUCUAGCAUAGGUAAGACGGAGGUUUUGAGGUUUUUACAUAACGUUACUAACAGAGACACUUUGACGUUGACUUGACGAUUAUUGACGAUUUCAUAA